CGCCAUAUCAAUACGUACCUACUACAUAUGUAAACUUUACCUGAUGUAUGCUUUAACUAGGUAGGUACCUUGCUGGCAAACAUGUAAUGAAUCGAUCGAACAGCUCAUGGGAAUUCGUUUCCUAGCAACUGUCCGUUUGCCUCAUAUGGCACUUACGUACCUGUAGACUGCCACUGCCCAGGUCUUGCGUCUUUAACCAUGAAAAUCUUUACAUAAAUAAUUUUAUCUCGCAGCUCAGCUACUCAAUUGUUUAUGAAUUCUACCUCGAUAUAUUACCCAACAACUUAUGAACACCGUUCCACCAUCCAGUAGUCCUCAUCAAACACCUUAUCCAGUAUAAUAUCACGACAGCCAUGGACGCUCCAACGGAACAUUUCGAAUCGAUCCUCACAAGCAAGGGACUUUCGUGGACCUAUAUUAGGGUUCCCAAUGGUCUUAAGACCUCACUCCUCGGUGCCUGGGGCCCUGACGGAGCUACAACUGGGGACGCCCAAGAGCAAAUGAAGAAAGUCUUUCGAGCAAUGAUCGAUGCCUACAUGGAAUUUAAAUACGACGAGAAAUGUGAUAUCGGCAAUCUUGACUUCCAACCUAUGUUCCUCAGAGCUAUCAAAGACAAGGUUCUCUGGGUUCGGUCCCUCUCUAAUUGGGAACUCAGCAAGCUCAUCUAUCUUUUCAUUGAGGCCAGAGAGCAAUGUCUCAAGAGACGACGAGAAGAAAACUUUCAUCCCACUACCCAAGACAGCGAAGUGGCACGCCUCGUCCAGCAGUUUGCAGACAUCUGCAACAAUCGUAUCAGCAAGCAAGAACAACCAUACGCAGGCCCAGAACUUGAACCCGAGAACAUGAGCGACAUCAUCCCUUUCAGCACCGCCAGCCAAUUCAUCAUGAACAACGAGGACUUCAUGAAACACGAUACGCUACCAGACAAGACAACAAAUCAACACUACGUCGGUUCCAGUAAAGGCCCAUUUCUCGUUCCUCAGAGGCGCAAAUCUAACCGCCUUUCAAACAACCAAAAGCCAAAGACACAGGGGGAACAGGCUUCCGACGUCGUAUCAAAUCUCCCACUCCGACUGAAGUCUGAUUAA